CAGGUAAUUCUGCAUAAAGGAUGAACAUCGUGACCUACAACACUGGUUUUGGCCUCAGAUGAUGCACUCGAAAAGUUUGCUGCAAGGUGAAGAUGCCCUUCAACUAAACCACCAAGCAACCCCCACACAUGCACUAGGUGGCGGGAAGGCAAGCUCUACGUUGGUCUGCCGACCGCCAUUAAACUCCAGAAGAAGGAGAAAACAGGACGUAGUGGUGCCAGCAAAUCACACAGCUUUGUGUUUUUGGGGAUUUCGCCUACGUUUCAGCUCUUCCACAGAAGAUAAUGAAACGGUUUACGAAAGAAAGUCGAAAACAUGACUGAUCCGGAAACCCGCAGAAUAAAACCAGAAGAUACUGAGCAACAAAUAGACCUGAUAGUAGAGAACAAGGCGAUUGAAAAACUGACUGAAGUGGAAGAGAAACAUCAUCUCAAAACUGAAGAGACGUCUUGGGGUUCCUCAUUAAAAAGCACAGACGAAAAGUGUUUCAAUUGCCCUCAGUGUGACAAAAGCUUCUCAUGCGAGCAAAAUCUCGAUGUUCAUAUAAAAUGUCACCUUGAAGAGUUUCCAGACGACCUGAAGGACCGCCUGAAAGUUCAUGCAAAGGAGAACCCUUGUGUAUGCGAUUUAUGUGGAAAGAGUUUUAGUCUGAUGGGUACGUUAAAAAAACACCAGAAAAGACACAGCGGUGUGAAGGAUCACGCUUGCUCUGAGUGCGGGAAGACUUUCUUUACAGAUGGUGCGUUGAAAGUGCACCUGAUUAGUCACUCUACAGAAACGCCUUACAAGUGUUCACACUGUGGCAAGAGCUUCAAACGGUCGAUAUAUGUGAAAAGACAUGAGAGGAUCCACACCGGAGAGAAACCGUACACGUGUGAUCACUGUGGGAAGAGUUUCGGACGAAAAGGACAUCUUAAUAAACACUUGACUAUCCACACUGGAGUGAAGCCGCACACAUGUGAUCAGUGCGGAAGGGGUUUUACAGAGAAAGACCUCCUCAAUGUUCACAUGACAAUCCACACCGGAGAGAAGCCGUACAAAUGUGAUCAGUGCGGGAAGAGUUUCAGAAUAUCAAGCGUUUUAAGGGAUCAUCUGCUUAUUCAUUCUAACGAAAGGCUCUAUAACUGUGACCGGUGUGGUAAAGAUUUUUUUAGGACGAGUGCCCUAAAGAGGCAUAUGAAAGUUUACACGAAGGAGAAGCCUCACGUGUGUUCCUUGUGCGGAAAGAGUUUUAGUGAGCGGGAUGCUUUAAAAAUACACCAGAAAAGACACAGCGGCGUGAAGGAUCAUAUUUGCUGUGAGUGCGGGAAGGCUUUCUUUACUGAUGCCGAAGUGAAAAAGCACAAGGAAACUCACGCUACGGAAACCCCUUACAAGUGCUCACAAUGCGAGAAGAGGUUCAAACGGUUAGUAUAUCUGAAAAUGCACGAGAGGAUCCACACCGGAGAGAAGCCGUAUCGCUGCAACUCGUGUGGCAAUAGUUUCACUCAGUUAUCUUCUCUAACCUAUCAUAAAAAAAAAAGAUGCGUGUCUGAAAUGACCGUAAUUCAAAUGUCGAUCUGUGCUUCCAGAGCCCCAUCAAGCGAUUGUUGAGAUGAACUGAGAAUAAAAGGACUGACUGAUUGCC